CAACCUACUAUUCGCUGUAUCGCUUCCUCUUCCCUGGCGAAGUUAAGCCCCGGGGGCGCCGUCUGCCGGCCCGGAGCUGAGCCGGAGGGGGCGGGGAGGUUGCUCGGCCAGGCCUGGGCUUUUGAACUGCAGCUCCGUAAGACUGUCAGGUUACUACCUCCGGGUUGGGGGAGGCGGGGCUCGGGCCUGCGGCUUUCCUGCGCGUCUCUGGAGUGCCAAGUCGAGAUGAGCACCCAGGGCGAGCACCCCUGCGAGGCUUCAGGGGUUCAGUGUGCAGCGUGCGCUUCUCUGCUUCUUUUCCUACCCCCAAAAGUCCUGUUGCCUGUUGUGGCCUAAAGCAAGGCCGGGAAGGUGGUAACAUGUUAGAGGAGGAAAGGGGGAGAGCCUUGGGCGGAGGAUGGACAUCCUUGAGAUGCUCCUUCUGUCCCUCCCCCACCAGCCGGUACCCUCGUUCUUGGGAAAUCUGGGUUAUUUUAGUUGUAUAAUUUGCUGUAGAUACGUGGUAGCUCCGUACCUGAGUUGCUUGGGCUGUGAGCUUUUGUAAUAUACCCGGUAAAAACGAUUUCGAAAGGUUGAUUUUGUAACAUUAUGUGUUUCCAUAAAAGUUAAAUUUGCCGUUAGAAGCUCAGGAAGCUAGAUUUUGUUCAGGGCUGAGAACCGUAACAAAAUACACGCAUUAAUGUUCAACUGAUGAGCUAGUGACCUGAAAAUAAUUCUACCUGUUAGAUUCUGUAAGAAACCUUAACGAAGUAGGAAAGAAUGAAGUUAAGGAGAAUUUUCUAACCCCAUCUUGGGUGGUGAGCCAAGGACCUCAAUGUCCGGUCAAAACGGUGCUGAAGCUACUGAAAGAUGGCAGAAGAAGUGGUGGUAGUAGCCAAAUUUGAUUAUGUGGCCCAACAAGAACAAGAGCUGGACAUUAAGAAGAAUGAGAGAUUAUGGCUUCUGGAUGAUUCUAAGUCUUGGUGGCGAGUUCGAAAUUCCAUGAAUAAAACGGGGUUUGUGCCUUCUAACUAUGUGGAAAGGAAAAACAGUGCUCGAAAAGCAUCUAUUGUAAAAAACCUAAAGGAUACCUUAGGCAUUGGAAAAGUCAAAAGAAAACCCAGUGUGCCAGAUUCUGCAUCUCCUGCUGAUGAUAGCUCUGUUGACCUAGGGGAACGUCUUUAUGACCUCAACAUGCCUGCAUAUGUGAAAUUUAACUACAUGGCAGAGAGAGAGGAUGAAUUAUCAUUGAUAAAAGGGACGAAGGUGAUCGUCAUGGAGAAAUGCAGUGAUGGGUGGUGGCGUGGUAGCUACAAUGGACAAGUUGGAUGGUUCCCUUCAAACUAUGUAACUGAGGAAGGUGAUAGUCCUUUGGGUGACCAUGUGGGUUCUCUGUCAGAGAAAUUGGCAGCAGUCGUCAAUAACCUAAAUACUGGGCAAGUGUUGCAUGUGGUACAAGCUCUUUACCCAUUCAGCUCAUCCAAUGAUGAAGAACUUAAUUUUGAGAAAGGAGAUGUAAUGGAUGUUAUUGAAAAACCUGAAAAUGACCCUGAGUGGUGGAAGUGCAGGAAGACCAAUGGAAUGGUUGGUCUGGUGCCAAAAAACUAUGUUACCAUUAUGCAGAAUAAUCCUUUAACCUCAGGUUUGGAACCAUCACCUCCACAGUGUGAUUAUAUUAGGCCUUCACUCACUGGAAAGUUUGCUGGCAAUCCUUGGUAUUAUGGGAAGGUCACCAGGCAUCAAGCAGAAAUGGCAUUAAAUGAAAGAGGGCACGAAGGUGAUUUCCUCAUUCGUGAUAGUGAGUCUUCGCCAAAUGAUUUCUCAGUAUCACUAAAAGCACAAGGGAAAAACAAGCAUUUUAAAGUCCAGCUAAAAGAGACUGUCUACUGCAUUGGGCAGCGUAAAUUCAGCACCAUGGAAGAACUUGUAGAACAUUACAAAAAAGCACCAAUUUUUACAAGUGAACAAGGAGAAAAAUUAUAUCUUAUCAAGCAUUUAUCAUGAUACUGCUGACCAGAAGUGACUGUUGCACAGCUCUAAUUCGUCAUGUAACUGAAGACUGAGAAAAUGUCAGUACAAUCAUGCUUGAUUGGAUAUUGCUGUCUCUAACUCUACAUGAGAAUUGACUAUAAUACAUAAGUAUUUUUAUUAUAACUCAGCCCAUACAUAUAUAUACUACAUAUGCAACCCAUCUGCAUAAGCAAUUUCUUUUCCUUGGUCUUCUGUGUUAUUGUUUUCUUCAGUAUUUUUCUCUUUGCUUCUAAUAUUAAGGUUUUAUAUCUUGAGAAAAUGAUGCAGAUCGAAUGUCUUUAUAUGGAAGAAUUUCUUAUAUUGCCUUUUCUUUAUUUCCUUGUAAGGACACCAUAUUAGUCACUUCCUCAAUGGCUUUUCUUCAUGUAAAAUUAUAUCAAUAUAUGGCAUAUGCUAAAAUAAAUUUCUUGGAGAGUGUUAAUCUUUUUUGUGACUAAAUAGCAAUAAUAAAUGGAAGAUUAGAAAUUA